GAAGUGGACCGAACCCUCGACAACAGUGGCCGACAAAGACGUGCGAUAAUAAACUCCAAGAAUUUUCUGCCAAAAUGGCUCCAGAAGUUGGUCCGCGAGGCGAGACAACGAGGAAUAAAUCUGAAGAUAAUGCCCGGAGGUUUCAAACGCCGCAAACAAAAUACUUCAUGUUAUAUGUAUUCAGAGAAAGUGAUUCAUUGGGACAUUGAGUUCAAGUUUAUCCACGCUUUGGACGACAAAGUAGUGGACAAUUUGGACCAACUAUUGGCUGAAGACUUACCCGUCUCUCACUCGGAGUUCUCGUCGAUCUCACGUCGCGUCUGCGAAGACACGCCACUGUCUUCAGUGUUGUCUAAAUAUAUCGAUUCCAACGAUUCGGUCGACGAUCACGAAGAGAACCGCAAACUAUUGCUGUACCGGAAGACAGGGAUCACUGGAAUCAGUGUUUUGUAUCGCAAAGAAAAUGUGGCCGAAAAACAACACAAGUAUUUUGAAUUAGAUUUGAAUGGAACCAUUGGACACAAUUUGGUCCGAAAGACGGUCAUAGAGUUCCCCACAUUUCUGGUCGUUUUGAAUCAAUUCAAGCAUUUGUUUGAUAUUAUUGACGAAAAAGCAUUGAAAGUAAAUACG